CUCUUAACCACUGAGCCAUAUCUCUAACCCCAGGUUGUUUGGGGGGGGGUUGUUUUGAAAGACAGUCUCACGAUGUAGAUCUAGCUGGUCUACAACUUGAUAUGUAGGAGCCUUGAGACAGGGUCCCACUAUGUAACCAUGGCUGUGCUGGAAAUGUACAAUUAGACCAGGCUGUUCUUGAACUCACAGAGAUCCACUUGGUUCUGCCUUCUGAGUGUUGGGAUGAAAGGCACGUACCACCUCCCUCCCUCACCCCAAUUAAGAUUUUAAAAACAUCUUUUCUUUUUCUGAGUGUAGAACAGACAUGGAGGAAGUAUCAUUAUGUAGAACAGACAGAGCCUUUGGUCCAUGUGAAUGAUGGUGGUCCCUGGACGAUAUUAGUUAUGGGAGUGGUUGAAGUGGCUGAAUUAUGAGCAGAUCUGCUGAUGCCAUCAGUUUUGUGUGAAGAACUCUCUCGUUUGUCAGCUUGAGCACCUUCGAGGAUGGAACUACUGUAGACACGGGAAAGACCAGGGCUUGAUGACCUUUGAGGACGUGGCUGUGUACUUCUCCCAGGAGGAGUGGAUGUUCCUGGAUGCAGCCCAGAGGGCCCUGUACCGUCAUGUAAUGCUGGAAAACUUCGCACUUGUGGACUCCAUAGGACCCUCUGUCUCCCGGCCUCGUGUGAUCAUCCAGCUCCAGCGUGGUGAGGAGCCCUGGGUUCCCAACAGGACAAAUACAGGCCCAGGCAGGGGUACCCACAAGAGAGCCAGCCUUGGGUCAAAUUACAGUGCAAGAGACAGACAUGCUUCUGGAGCACCUCCAGGGGCCACCUGUGACAGGCCUGAUAGGAUACCUACUAGCCUCCUUCCUCCUGCUGGUGCCUAUCCUGAUGCAAAAAUUCUAGAGGGACACCAAAGUGCCUGCCCAUCUCUACAGAGAAAACCCACAGGGGUAUCAGUGAUUUACUGGGAGCAGCUACUGCUAGGUUCCAGCAGCAGUGAGGCAACGGUCAGUCUGCGACUGACCUCCCCAGUAGGGGUGCCUGAAAACGGUUCAUCCCAAGUGAAGGUCUUCUCUGACUUCCUGGCCCCAGGGAAGCAGCCACCGAUAGCAGAGCAGCAAAAGCCAGAGAUGCAGCUAACCCCUGGGAGAACUUGCCAAAGCAUCCCAGAUCUCCAUGGAGCUGAGGAAGGAUGUGGGAUGAAUGGGGCUUGGCAUGAGUCUCAGGAAGACCCCAGUGUUCCAGAGGCCCCAAUAUGGGAUGAUCUGGGAGAGGCCCUCCAGGCCAGCCCAGGUCUUCUCUCUGGGGACAAAUCUUUCGAAUGUAGGGCGUGCAACAAAGUGUUCGUGAAGAGCUCAGACCUCCUCAAGCAUCUGCGCACUCAUACUGGAGAGCGGCCAUAUGAGUGCGCCCAGUGCGGCAAGGCCUUCAGUCAGACAUCCCACCUGACUCAGCACCAGCGCAUCCAUAGCGGUGAGACGCCCUACGUGUGCAUGGUGUGCAGCAAGGCCUUCCGACACAGCUCCUCACUGGUGCGCCAUCAGCGCAUCCACACGGUCGAGAAGUCAUUCCACUGCAACGAGUGUGGCAAGGCCUUCAGCCACGGCUCCAACCUCAGCCAGCACCGAAAAAUCCAUGCUGGAGGGCGGCCCUAUGCCUGCGCACAGUGCGGCCGCCGCUUCUGCCGCAACUCGCAUCUUAUCCAGCACGAGCGCACGCACACCGGCGAGAAGCCCUAUGCCUGCUCCCUCUGUGGCGCGACCUUUAGUCAAGGCUCCUCGCUCUUUAAGCACCAGCGCGUGCACACUGGAGAGAAGCCUUUCUCUUGUCCACAGUGUGGCCGCGCCUUCAGCCACAGCUCCAACCUCACACAGCAUCUGCUGCUGCACACUGGCGAACGGCCCUUCCGCUGCGGCGACUGUGGCAAGGCCUUUGCCAAGGGUGCAGUGUUGCUCAGUCACAGGCGCAUCCACACGGGUGAGAAGCCCUUCGUGUGCACGCAGUGUGGCCGCGCUUUCCGAGAGCGCCCUGCCCUCUUCCAUCACCAAAGGAUCCACACAGGAGAGAAGGCCCUGCGGAGGCCCAGGGGCAGCGUGAACUCCCAAGCCAGGUCUCUUGGGGCAUCCUUAGAUGGUGCACCUCCAAAGGCCACUUCUACCUUAGACCCACCAGCAGUCCCAAAGAUAGCUGAGGCCUAAGGUCACAGCUGUGCCGUUCUCUGAAAUCCCUUUCACUCACUAUGGAAGAGCCUGUGUUCUCAACAAAUCCACUGUUAUGUGAGCCAGGUAUAAGGAAGACCUGCCAGUCAGUUCCAUUUACAGGUGUAUCCUGAACUGCACUGGAGAGGAGUCUAUAGAAUGCAUGUACCCCCUGGGAUUGGUGGGGUGGGCAGCGACUGCCCCCACAACUAGUGGGUGACCCACAGACUUUGAUCUUCAUGUUGAUGCCACUUGAGUAUUUCCUGACUGUGGCUAUGAAAACAGGAAGAGAGCCCGCAAUAGGCGAGAGAGCUCUCAAACUGGCAGCUGGAGAUACAGCCCCGGUGCAUUCCAUUUCCUUGGUGCAAGCCUCAGGCAAAUAAAUGGUUUGUUUCUGAA